AUGUUUCGCAGAAAGAGGAGCUCGUCUCAACAUCAGCAUCCUCUCUCGGCCUCUUCCACUCAAUCCGCCCAAUCCGCUGCUAGUCAUGCCUUUCUCAAAUCCCAACCCUCUUCCAGUAGCCUCUCCUCCGCCGCCGCGGCCGCCGCCCUGCGCAGUCUCACACCCACUCCGACCCCGAUCGAAAAUGUACAAACCAAACGAAUGAUGCAGCGACGGACCUCAGUAUCCUCGCAACUGAGUGGCACGCCAAGCUUGCGACCCAUCAGUGGAAAUGGUCUCCGUCGCUCAAGCAGCUCCGCCUCCAUGACGCAUCGGACAUUUCGAGAUCAAUCCCCGCGACGACCGGCUUCAAGUGCUGGACACGUCGACCCCGCACCGCCGCUCCCGUCCAUCCCCCGCGAAUACACGGGGCGAAACGAUCAGGCGCGUCGUUCUGUGAGCAUGGGCCCAGCUUUGCGACAAACUCCUCGCGGGAAACCGAUGGCAGACCUUGGAUCGAAUAGCGAUAGCACUAAUGCCCCCAAGCCGUCCGCACGAGCACCCACACGAGCGCCUGCCGCCACGCCAUCCCCAGAGCUGCGCCGACCCGCUAGUCGAAAUUCAAUCAAUUUCUCAUAUCCGAUGGGCUCACGUCCUACAUCUCCGACGGGUUCGAUAGGAAGAGAUGCAUCGACGAGUACUUCCCUGGCCGGCCAGCUUUCUGCUGCGGAGUCUCCAAAUCGCACCAACAGCAGCCCUCGGGCUACACGCCUUUCCAAAACAAGGGGGGUCUCCCCUGUAAGCCCGGCUCAACGGUCAGUGUCUGCGGGGACUGCGUUGGCUGCUGCUCAGGCUGCCAUUGUGCCUCGAAGCCAAGAAGUGAGUCCGGUGGCUGCGUCCCCGCGCAGGCCUUCGUCCCAGGAUCGAGGUGUUCCGGACCCAGCGCCCACCCAACAGCAUCUGGCGCCCGACAACCGACAUCCCGCACGUCCUUCUCUGGUGAAACGUCCAUCAACAGUCCCUGAAGAUGCUCAGGGGGAGGUACAGGCAGAAAUCACUGCGCCCGUGCAGCCAGCGGAGCCCCCUCGGGGGGGUACAGUGACGCCCGAAAGCCCACAGACCAUCAAGCCGCAAACUACGCCCGAUCAAGCCAAGGAUCAACCCCUUAGUCCGCCCAUAAGUCCGCCAAACUCGCAGCCCUCCGUCGACGCAGUUACAGAACUCCCGUCGUCACAUAUGCGCCAAUCUAGCAGCCCUGGACGCUCCGCUCAUUUUUCGCAACAUCUUCUAGUAGCGAAUCUUCCGAGCGAUCAUCUCCACCAACCUCCACCAAGGUCCGUAUCGCCAGCCAAAUCUGCAUUGAAACAUCCCCGGAAAGAUGGUCUCGCACCUGAUUCCCAACCGGAAGCGGUGCUGCGACUAGGCCCUGCACUUAGUGAAUUGUCCGAUGGUACUUCUGUUGCAUCCGAUGAUGGGUCCAAACACGAGACUCGGAAAAAGCCUGCGAAAGUCAGCUUUGAUGAUGAGGCAGAAGUCGUGGGUACGGCAGCAAGCCCGCCAACAUCUCCCGACGAACUCAUGCCUGAAUCUCCGCAAGCCAAGCCUAAGAGCAAGGCUGGCUGGUUUGCCAAACGUAAGCAGAGUCUACGAACUGGAACUCCGGACGAAUUCGAGCAUAUGCUGAAGCCUCGUCUGGCUCUUCCCUCUUUUGGCAGCAUUCGGGGUAACAGAGCGGGAGGGCAACCGGAGGUGCGGCAUCGCAAUAUGAGCGAUGAUGAGUCUACCGCUUCAUCUGACUCACCCAUUGAUACCUCGAGGUUUUCCUUUUCUCAUGAUCAGGCCGUUGGGGCUGCGAUGACCAAUGCGAGCGCCGAGGAGGAGCCGCAAACGAGCGCCACGCACACCCACCCUGCUACUGCUCCUCAAAACGCUUCGGAGAUGUCACAUCCCAUAGAUCCGAGCCGACUAGCUUUUCAGGUAGAUCUUCCAGACCAUUUAACGAAGAGCGAAGUUCCGGCCGAAGCAACUCAACCACAAACUCCCAGACAUACUUUGGCUGUUCCCGAUAUCACCGUACAACCAGCCUCUCCGGAACUUGAAAAAGAGCGCGCGAGCUUGGAAUGGUACGAGGUUCCCGGGGGUUUUCCACGUUCCUCGUUGGAGUCGGAUCCUACGCGGGCGAAGUCUAAAAGAAAGUCAAUCACAUGGGACGAUGCAAAUGUCAUGGUCGAUGCUGCCGCGGAGCAAGAAAUUGAUGACGACGAAUCCGGGGAGAGCAUAUACAGCGAUGCAGAGGAAGGUGUGCACAGCAACGGCUUUGGCUCUAUUGAUGCGGUUGUCGAUAGUCAGCCGGGCUCCACCUCGUUCCGAGAAUCAGCGGCAGGUCUUGCGCUUUCCGGCAAGAACCAGCACAAUGCAGAGGAGUGGUCGGACCUGGAGUUUCCGCAGACAUGCCAAAUAGCGCGCGCAAGCUCUCCUGCACAAGGUGCUCCGCUCAACCCCAUUCCAGAAUCUCCUAGCUCUGUUCAUAUGGCUGCUCCGUUCUCGUCGCCUUACCCUCCUUUUGCAACGAGCUCGAAGUCCAAAAGCAAACAGGUUACAGGCCCAGCCGAUCUUACACGCUCGGCCUCCCUUAACGUUAAAUCCGGUGGACAACCCAACCUACACAGCCGUGCAGAGAGUACAGCGACGAGGACCACUGCCGUUCCGCAAUCAAGCGCACCGCGGCAGGAUAUCACUCAAGAACGAACGAGGCCGAUGUCCUGGAGUCCUGCUGCUGUGCAGAAUGGAGCCGGCGGGAAAAGUCGUGCACCGGUAGUCAAUGGCGAGGCACCUAUGCCGCGGAGAACGCUCUCAAGUGGAAGCGAUUCUUCGAGUAGCUUUAAACGCACCAGUCGUCCGUCUCGAGGGGAUGCAAACCACACAAUGCGCAUGACAAUGCGGGGCAACCCUCCCGUACGGCCGGCCCCGACGCGCACAAUUUCUCCACCAGCUGACUCGCGUUUACGUUCGCCGCAGCUGAACAGUAGCAGUAUGCGGACUACGCUCCGCAUGAAUGGCAAUAAGCGCGAAAAGGGCACAUUCUUUUCUAACAAGUCACCGAAAGGCAAGGUGACAAAGGUCCCAGGUAGCCGGUUUACUUCACGUUUCCCUGAUUCGGACGAUGAUGAGGGCUUUGACAACUGGAGAUCACGGUACCGUUAUGAGGACUCGAGUGAUGAUGAUGAACGAGGUCCAGCUCCGCUACCACCAGUCCGAGGGAUUCCCCGUCGGCAAGGCGCUCAUGACGGGGAUUCAACAGAGCUCGAGGACAGCUCCGACGAGGAGCGGCAUCCAGUCGCUUCCCGCCCGCGGGCUUCUAUGCCGUCUCCCCGCAAAUCGGGUCCGACACGAGACCCUGCUUUGGCAGCAGUGGCCAGGAAUCGCGGUAUGACAGACGAGGAGAUGGAUGAAUUUCUUCAGCCUAAUCGAGGGCGCAAGUCGAGCUUGUUACACCGGUUUAGCAUCCGCAAGUCCAAAUCGCCAGUCAAUCGCAAGUCGUACACGAAUGGUCCCCCUCGAAAUGGAAGUCUUUUGGAGCGCUCGCGGGCCGAUGGCGAGCAAGAUCCUCCGCUACCCGGAGCUCAGUCUAACGUCGUUACCACUAUCACGGCAACCAAUCCUCCACCGCCUUCAUCCGCCAAACUCGUCCGUCGUGCGUCACAACGAUCCUCUCGCAGUGACGGUUGGCCCUUGCGGACUGAGCGUACGGAGCCCGGGGUACCGCCCACGCUUACCAGCGACGGCGCCGACGAACGCCUAGCCCCAGUCGACGAGGAUGCCCGCAACGGCCGGGGCACGACACCUGCGAGCGGCUCUGCCACCAAACAAAACCAACAUCCUUCGACCACAAUUUCGGGAUCCAAAAACGAUCCUGCCACUCGCAACACCGCCGCCGACAUUGUCAUUGCAUCGUCUGGGCGCAAAAAGCGAUUUCCUCGACUUCGUAAGGCUUUUGGAUUGCGCGAUUGA